AUGAGUGAGUAUAUACAGCAAACGGAGGCAAACGACGGCAUCCGCUUUUCGUGGAACGUUUGGCCGGCAUCCCGUCUCGACGCUGCUCAGCUCAUUGUUCCGGUCUCCUGCCUCUACACGCCCAUGAAGGAGCGCGCUGACUUUCCACCAGUCCUGUAUGAUCCCGUUGUCUGCUCCCGGUGUCGUGCUAUUCUGAAUCCCUUUUGUCAGGUACGUCUUGACAUGAUUUGUUGCCUUGCGUUAGACCUAUGCCAAGGCAUGUAUUGCUAUGGUUUAAGUGCCUGGGUAAAAUAUGUUUCGUACUGAUUGAAGUGCCGAUGCAUGUGCCCGGCCGCAUCAGUAGUGAACAAAAGCACCUCAGAUUGUUUGUAGGGAGGAAUAUGCUUAAGUGCCGUGGGGAUGCGGUCCCAAGACUCGGUCUCCCGCACCCCACUCCCAGGCACCAGUCCGCUGUCCGAGUCGGUCAGCGACCUGAUGUGGAGAAUUGGGCAUAGGUGGUCGACGCGGCAUGGGCCCGCGCCUAGGCGUGCCACCAUAACCCCGAUUAACGUGUGCCCUGCCCUUAUAUGCCCCCGCGCGGCCCGUUAUAGAGAGCAACGAUUGGCUACUAACCGCAACCUGUCCGGCUUCGGGUACUAGAUCCGGAAACGUUCGCAUGUUUUAGCACCCAAUACCAAGGCAUUGUUUCCGACUGAUUAGUAAAUUCUCACACUGCUCACCCAGAGCAGUGAAUUGGAGUAGCGAAGUGCGUUUAUUCUUGUGGACACCACAGCAUUGAUCAUAGUAGCAGUUUCGGACAUUUAGUACCUGAGGCUCACGGUUGUUACGUUUCAGUGCCGCCAUUGCGCCCUGUACUUACCUUCUUGUACUUGAUACAGCUGCGAUCAUGCCUGAUCUAGCCGGCCUCGGUGAUGUCCGAAACUGUACCUCUCCACGCGUGACGAUCCGCGGCAGCAGAUCUGCACAGCUCAACCCAUUCCCUUCGCCAACGACGAAGACGGAAUACUGAAGGUCCAAGAACCACCUCCAUGUCUUGACGGACAGUGUCGAGCCAGGUUUUGAACUGACCCCUUCUUCGACGCCUCCAUUGGAGCAACGGUGCCGGAUCGGGGACAGUAACACUGAGCUCCUGAGGUGGACGACGAAGAACAUGCCCGAACCACCUCAGUCGUCUUUCUUGGAUGGCCUGAGUUAUCCUUGCGAUGUUGUCGCAGCGAGCGCGGACUGUCUCAUUUGAGAUGAAAUCGGUUAACCUCACUCGAAGGAUGGUCCUCAAGCAGUAGUGGUCAAAUACCUCCAGUUUUCGCUCAUCCUCCACGCGCAAAGUCCAGCAUUCACAACCGUAAAGAAGGACAGACCGGACAGAUGCACGGUACACGCGAAUCUUAGUGGCGAUGGAGAGGUCACGUCGGUUCCACAGGCAUUUCUGAAGGCUUGAAAAAACCCAGCGGGCAGCAUCGAUUCGGGAGACAAUGUCGUCCUUACUCUGUCCAUUAGGCAGCAGCCUCGCCCCGAGGUAUUUAAAACUGUCUACUUCUUCAAGUUGACAGCCAUCAAUCCCGAGGGGUGCCUUCUUUUGGUCAAGGAUGCAGCUUCAGAACACUAGGGUCUUUCCAGCGUUUAUCUACAAACCGACCAAUUUAGCGACCUCGUUCACCCGUGACACCAUAGACUGCAGAUCACCAAAAUGUGAAGCAAGUAAGGCGAUAUCAUCGGCAUAGUCGAGAUCAGUCAGUCGAUGUCCGGGUGCAAACUCAACACCGUCAUCUUCGUGUAGGGCCCUCCCGAGAAUACAGUCAAUAGCGUAGGUGAACAAUAUGGGCGACAGGAUGCAAUCCUGUCGAACGCCUGACUGAAUAUCGCACGUUUGGGAAAGAUUGUUGUGGACCAGAACUCAUGCAGUGGUGUAGCGGUAAUAGGCCUUGAUCAUGGCGAGGAUUUUUGCCGGUACACCAUCUAGGGCCAUAAUCCGCCACAGGCCCUGUAGUGUUCGAUACGACUGUCCGUGGGCAGCAAGAGGUACCCGUACCCGGUCCAGCAUUGAGGCUGUUGUCAAGCUCGAGAGCUUCAGCCACAUGUGUAUUCGAUCCUUUCUUAGAUUCUUUUAUGAGGCGACAUUUACUUUCUUGAAUAUUUUUUUCCCUCUGAUCACAAACUGCAAAACCUAAGUUAUUUUCAAUACGUACAUGAUAUUUUAGGUAGUCUCACACCAUGAAAUCAUGAUGUCGGUACCUCAAAUUACACCAACUAAUCUCUCCUGUUUUCCUCUUCAGGUUGAUCUACGAGCCAGAGCGUGGGUAUGCUGUAUAUGCGCCUGCCGAAACACCUUUCCACCACAGUACGCUGGAAUGACAGAGCAGAAUUUGCCGGCUGAACUGAUGCCACAGUUUACAACUCUAGAAUACACCAUAACGGUUAGUUAGGGCCUUUUUCCUCCCCCUACUCCCCCCCCAUCCACCGCUAUGUGACCACGACUGUAGUAUGUUUUCAGCCUAGCUUUUAGUUUUCAUCGUCCGUCAGGAACCUGCCACUGCGCGUUCGUCCUUAAAUACUACCCUACUAGGUAUGCGGCACGCGUUAGGUGGGGACUCACGGUACGCCAUCCAUUACACGAAGGGGGGGGGGUCGAAAAGGUCUUAUUAAGAAUGUUUUUUGAAAUACGGGAAAUAUAUUACACGAGGGGGGGGGGGGUCGACAAGCCCAAUCCCCGCACCUGUAAACCGACCGGCUCGGACAGUUACUGGGGCCUGGGACUGGGAAGGGAGAGUAAGGUUGAUGGCUCAGCGCACGCUUGAAGCUAUCACGGUGUGCUAAAAGCCGUGGCUCGGAAGGUUGCCAACUGACGGGAUAAUUUGGACCUCGCAGUCGGCCCAGUGUUGUGUGUUUGUGUGUGGAGCGGUUGUGCCCUCCAAACGGGCCACGUGUUAGAUGCGCUGGACCAACACGGGGGCCACAUCGGACUCUGGCAGGCGUUAUCUGUGCGCAAUAACAAAUGCCAACAUCUGGGGGGUGCGCUGGCGGACCCUGUUGUCGGCAUUCGUCGCACAACUGGACCACUGCCACCGCCCCAUUGUUAUGUGGUCCAAAUCCUGGUCAUUUGUAUGUGGACCAGGGGGUGCGGAGUGGAGCGCCAAGGCGAGGAUCCGUCGGAGCCAUCCACCUGCGGCCUCUCCCGUAUCCGGUCUUCUUGACUUGGUCUUGACACCGGGCUCAGGCGGGGGAGGAGGGGAGAGUGUAGGUAGAUGCUACGCAAGUCUACUGGCAGUAUAAACCCCUGCGUAAGUCACCGUCCCUGCUCCCACAAUGCAGUCUGUGGGGCAUACGGUGGACAUCAUCGAAGUCGAUGGUUGAACUGUCGUCAUCGUGUGGAGCGGUUAACUGGUGGUAUGAGAGACAGGCUGCAAUGGCUCCUUCUUACUGUGGCCUUUAUGGCACUCCCCCCACUCCGUGCGAUCCGAGCCAAGUGUGACGGCACGCCUAGGUGCGGCUUCGGCCCUGUCAACCACCCUUUUGUUGUUGGUUAAAAUCCUGGUAUUUUGCUGUGUGGACCAGGCGAUGUGGAGUGGAGCGCCAGGAUGCGGCCUCCCUCAUCUCCAGUCCUCUUGGCUCUGUCUUGAUACCAAAUCCAGGUGGGGGAGAAGGAGAGAGUGAGGUAGAUGCUCUGAAAGUCGGCAUUUACUAUAAACUAAUUUACGCACAAGUCACCGUGCCUGCUCUCACCCCUAUGUCAGGCACACCGUGGACAUAAUCGGAAGCGACGUUCGAAAUAUCGCGUGUGUAUGUGUGGUGCGUGUCGACUGUCACUGACCGUGCGAGGUAUUGCACGCAGUCUGAUCUCAAUUUACAUUACUCGAACCGGCCAUAGGCGAGGCGAAAGACAAUUAGGUAGAUCGACUUCGGAUGAGGCGCCUGUUAGCCUGGCUAUAGACAACAAAAAGCAACUUUAGCUUCUCGCAGUAGGCUGACAGUCGAAGGGGUUUUUUUCACCUGACAGGUCUACUUCAGGACUGAGGAUGAUCAGAUUGUAUUAUUUCCUCCUCAUGCUGCCACUCACAUGUGACGGAACCAAUAUCCCUUUUAAAGCUUUUUUUCGCGGGAAGUGGAGGACCAGCGCGUGUGUGUGGUUCGCGUAUGCAGGAGUGUUUAGUUUUGUCAGUCACCGAUCCUCCUGACGUUGUCCUGGGCCUGCGAAUAGUGAGUGAUAUAGAUGCAGUGAAGGUCGCCAUCGCGCUCUCAACACCUUGUGGAGACCGAAUUCUCGUUACAACUCCACUUAGCAAAUAAUGCCUGGCAAUUGCCCUCGAAAUUAUUAAACGCCCAGACAAGAUAAAAGAUCCCGCGCUGUCUUUGUCCCUGCCCUCACCCCUCUUUCUUCUUAGUGAAAUCACAAUCGUUUGUCCGGGGCAAAAAUGGACUUUAGCAUCUCUUUUGUAUUCUACAUCCUGUCAGGACAUACCUCAGGCAUCGUUUCUAUGUUCACUAGCCUGACGUAUGGGGAUUAUGCCUUCUUCUACUCUUUCAUGCGUCCUUUCAGAAGGCACCUACGACGCCCAUGAUCUUCCUCUACGUCAUGGACACCUGCCUCGAGGAGGUAGAAUUCACCAAUCUGAAGGUUCGUUAUUCCCUCUCCCCCCCCCUCCUUCCCCCCACGGGUUUCUAUACUUAAUCGUUCCUAUUUUGCCGGUUUAUUAGUGCUCGUUUCGUCGUCCCAGUGACCUCUCGCAGCUGCUCGAUAUUCGAUCAGGCGCUCAAAGUUGUUGUCGUCGGUUGUCCAUAAGAACUAACCGCAUCGCCGGUUGGCCUCACGAAAGUGCUGUACGCAGUUCUGACGAUGUCGAACAUACACUAGGACCUGGACUACAGGGAAGAUAUCACCAGGGUGGCAUCUGUGGUGCGAAUUACGUCUGUUAGGUUGAACGCCUGGACAUUUUUCAGUGUCUAGGAGUCCGUCUGCGACCAAUACUGUCGUCAGAAUCCAUGCUGUUCACAGGAUGUUUUGUCCAAUCAGUCGGGAAUUAUCAUGUCUCGAGCAGCAAGAAGAUGUACGUGUACCGGGGGAUCUUUCCGGCUACCCCUACGCGGUCGUGAAUGUUGUUUUAUACAUGUGGAAGGUGGACGGUCCAGUCGCGUUGUCCGACAACGACUAAGCAUUAAUCAAAUGCCUUCAAACGAUGUAGGCCGGUAGGUGAGGAUGGACUGUUGGUCGAAAUCCACUCUGAUGUUAUUUCUGAGCGACUGGAGAAAGCACUCCAGCCACACAGGGUCUGUCCUAAGAGUUUGCAGCACUUCAAGAGGGCAGACGGGACGAACGUCGACACGACUAUCUUCACAAAUAUCCCCCUCCCCUCCAGGGGCACAUGGCAAGACGAUUCUGAGGGGUUUCCGCAUCGGCAGAGGACGUGUCAGCCCGCUACGCACUCUGCAACGAAUUCCAAGACAGCAACUAUGUUUACAACACCAGUCGGUCGUUCCCAUACUUUGGUUUCAGCACUCUAAACCAUCGCUGCCACCAGUGAGAGCAGCCCUCAUCGUGAAGUACGCAGGUUGUGGAGCCUGCCCUAUUAUAGGGUUUGAACCUGUCGAAGUGUAUCAUGAAGGUGGGACCUUCGGGCAUUUGGGCAUCUCGAAUAAUCUAGGUGGUAGGAUGGGUAUCGUGUGUCACUACGAAGGGUCCUCCCCAAGAGUGGUAGUCCCUCGGUUGCCUGUGUCGCCCGUGAGUGUCCGGCCCACCAACGAUCGGCUCUCUGCCAAUACAAGCGAAGAUGCGAGUUCCAGGAACUAGUUGAUAAGAAGAAGACGACGAAGAAGAAGAAGCGAUCGCUGGAACAAGGGCUUUAUUCGCCUGACGUUUCAGAUUCGCACUUGAACCCAUCUUCAGAGACAGUGGCAAGAACGGCUCUCUGUUUUCGGCAAACAGGCGUCUGCGUCCAAGUUUCGAUGCGGGUUCAGUCAUCCGACCCACGGACGUUUUCCUGUAGCAUGCAGUAGGCGCCUUUGGAUGGCGCCGUCCAGAUCGCUAGGUAGCUGGAUCCGCAAGUAGAACAAUGCCUGGUGGGAACCAGGCCCACUCUUGAGGGGGUUCAACAGCACUUUAUCUCGGUCGUCAGCCACCAGUGAGGGGUACGCAGUCAGACGCAGUAAGUCCUCGGCGAAUUGCCACGGCCCUUCGUGAUUCGUCUCAACCGAGGUAGGUCAGCACUCGAUACGAUGACAUCGUAAAUAUAUCCCCUAGAGUCUAAGCAAGACAGCCCUGAUAUGGUCAUGCUCUUCAUGUCCACCGCAUGAAUUCAGUGACACUACAAGUCGAACUACACCGCCUUCCUUGAGCUGACGGAGAAGACGGUCGCCUCCAAAUCCGACCCGCCACUAUCUCUACUAUUCGGUGCCCGCUGCUGGAGUAGAGUGCAUCGGUCUCAUCAGAUCCGUUGUCCGCCACACGAAUCGAUGCCGGUCCUGACCAGGGAUGAUCGGUAAAAUUACAGUUCAAGUCAUCGUUUUGGCGUUUUGGAUGAAACCCAGAGCUCAUUCUCUCCUAGCUCCACACGUCAUUAAAUCACAUCUAUUGAACUGUAAAGUCCUUGGUGCCCCCCAACCGCCGCCUCUGCCGCCCCCAAUUUGCUUUCUCCUUACAGAGUUCAAUCCAGCAGUCAAUUGCAGCACUGCCGCCUUCAACUCUAGUCGGGCUGAUAACCUUUGGACGAAUGGUGCACAUUCACAGGCUCAACAGUGGCCCCAUCGCCAAGUCGUGGGUCUUCAAGGGCACGAAGGACUAUACAGGAGCCCAAAUCCAGGUGGGUUUGUCUGCCUUCUCUCUCCCUCCCCUUCCCUCCCCAUACUUUAACAGGCUGCGGUUUAG